UUCUAUAAUGAUAUUUAGAAAGAUAUUUCUAUUUAUAAUAUUAUAUCGCAUCAUUAUAUUAUCAGUUUUUAAAUUCUCACUCAAUGAUUCUAAUCUAUUUUUUCAUUAUUAUUGUAUUUCAUUUAUAUUUUCUAAAUAUUUUUUUCUUAUUUCUGGCAACCCUGCUUAUGAUCUCUAGAAUCUAUUAUUAUUUAGUGCCAUUUUCAAUAUUAGAAAUUUAUAAAGAUGGGACGUAAUAAAGAUUCAGAAACAGAUAGUGUUUUAUCUGAAUUUGAAAGUGAGGUAAAAAACAUUAAAACUACAGAAAGAGAAAAACCAUAUAAAUGUAGUUUUGUUGGAUGCAACUUGGCUUUUUAUAGACCAUCCAGAUUACAAAGGCAUAUUAGAUUUCAUACUGGAGAAAAAAAUUAUAAAUGUAAUUAUCCAGGAUGUGAUAAAGCCUAUACUAAUAAUUGUCACUUAAAACGUCAUAUGAAGAGCCAUAGUAUACAAAAGGCAUUAUAUAAGUGUCCAGAAUGCUCAUUAUAUAUUAGUAAUCGAGAUAAUUUGAAACGUCAUUAUAAAAGAAUUCAUGACAGAUUGACUUGUAAAAAAUGUAAUGAAACUUUUACAAAAAAAUAUCAAUUGAAGAUACAUAUGACAACACAACAUUUAGUUUCAUAUAAGUGCAAUGAGUGUGAUAAAAAUUUUACAAAUUUAACAAAAUUUAAAAGACAUGAAUCAACUCAUAAGAAAAAUGAUAAACAAUAUUUAUGCAAUAUGCCUGAAUGUAAUGAAGUUUUUAAAAAAUGGUUGCUUCUUUGUGCUCAUAUAAAAACUCAGCAUGUACGUGAUCACAAAUGCAAGGAUUGUGAUAAAAUAUUUUUGACCAAACGACACUUAAAAAUUCAUUCAAAAGUUCAUAUGGAAAAUAGAUCUGUUUUAUCUUGUCCAUAUGAAAAAUGUCCGCGAGUUUAUUAUUUUAAUUGCAAUUUAAAACAGCAUAUACGAACUUAUCAUUUAGGAGAAAAAUAUGAGUGUGAUAUAUGUAAAAUAAAGAUUGUAAAUAAAAAAAGAUUAGCUGAACAUAUUCAGAAAUUACACAUGUCAGAAAAAAGAAUAAAACAAUCAAAAAAAUUGCGCAAAAAACGAAAAGAUGCUGGAUUACCUAAAAAAAGUAUGGUAUCCAAAUUAAUUGGAAUUAAUUUAUCACCAGAAAUGGAAAAGAUGAUAUUAGAAAGAAAAAAAGAUAUAAUAUAUGAACAAUUUAAAAUGGUACCAAAUGAUGAUUUAGAUUGUGAUUAAUUUUUUUAAUAAAACAAAAAAUUAUUUAUGUAUUAUGUAUUAAAUUAUUGAUUUGUAGUAUUUUUAUUAUUUAACACAGUAGACUUUUUUAAUGUAUCAAUAUACCAAUAAAUCUUAGAUAAAAUUAG